GUUUGGUCUACCACCAUUUACCACCAACCAGGAGAGGUAUGAUGACCCUCCCCAAGCAAGAGGAGUGGCAGCACUACCUGGACUGCCUGGUCCAUACGCAGCUCCGAGACAUGGAGGGGAGACUCCAGCAUCGCAUGGCCAUGGUGCUGAGCCAAACUCAGCCGCUGGAGACAGAGGGGGGUUACAGGGAGGCUUCCCAGCACCGGACGUUUGACCAUCUGAUGGAUCAACAGGAUAGCAGGGCUGUAAUGAGGAGAAUGAGGAAGGCCAGAGGGGAGCAGCCAAAUCAACAGAGUGCCAUGAAGAGCCACUCAGGCCAAGAGACACAAAGAGGAAGAGGACAGGAAAGAAAACUUAGGACACUCCCAGGCGGGAAGGAACAGGGUACAAGUCAGGACAAGGUGUUCUAUGGGAGCAAGAAGGAACACAGUGAGAGUGACUGGAAGACGUGGUUGAGACAACGUCUGUUUGGGACACACACGGAAGUAAAGCAGGACAACAUCAACAAAACUGUCAAACGUGACAGACAACACAGAGAGGGAGAGAGAGGGAGAGUGGAGGGAUUCUCUAGAAACAAAGACAGAGAAGAGAGACCAAAGAGAUGUAGAAAUGUAAAGUGUGCCAGGGCUGACCAGUCCAACAGAGAGUAUGAGACAAGAGAGAGAGAGGAGCAAGAGUGUCACAAGGAUAAACAAAAGAAAAGAGAGGAUCAUAUUAGGAAAGGAGAGAUGGAAAAGGAGAAACAAAUAGAGAUGGAGAAGCAGAGGGAAAAAGAGGAGUUAGAUAAACUAUACGCUUAUAUAGAGAAACUGAGAGAAGAGAUUAGACUGUUGGAAUUGGAGAAAAAUAUGGAGAAACUGAGAGGGGAGGUUAGACUGUUGGAGGUAAAAGUGACGAAAGGAAAAAACCAAAUAAUCAAUCGAAAAGAGUGUGGAUACAAGAGAGGAAUCAAUAGCAUGGAAGAGGGAAAGAGGCAAAGAGACAAUCGGCAAGAGAGCGCAAAAGGAAAAGAGAUGGAGGCACAGGAACUGACUGAAACAAGCAUGGCUAAUAAGAAGAGUUUGGCAGACAUGACAAAAUGUGAGUUAGUAGUGAAAGAAGUGCAAGCUCAGGCAGGAGGACUGAGUAGAAAAGUGUUGAUAAAGGAGCAAGAUGACAACAAUGGGAAUAUUUGGGACUCUGAGGAAGACCAGAACAGUGACCAAAUAAAGCAUCAAUUUAGAAAGAGUGUUAGUGAGGGAAAUGACGACUCUGAGAUAGAAGUGGAAGAUGAGACUGAGAAGGUGGGGAGGAAAGAAAAAACACGUAAUUCAGAAUGUGGCAAGAGUGCAGAACAAAAGGACAGAAGCAAAUAUCCAGGGAAGUUGAGUGGUGGACAUGGAGACACAAACUUUAACAAUGAGUUGAGGAGAAAAGCACUAAAAGAGCAAGAGCAUAAUAUUUCAGAAGACGGGAUGAAAGGAGCAAGGGGACAGAUGACAAAGAACACAGAAGCGGAGAGUUAUGGCCUGUGGAAUUUGGACUUUUGGAAUUUGGUCAAGGAUAUAGAAGCACAGUGGAAAGGACCAAUCAGCGAAGAGGACAGUGACAGUUCAUGGGGUCGGGACUUUGAUGAGGAGAACACUAGAGUGACAGACACAGAUCAACAAAAGGAUCAAGACAGUGACACUGAUAGUCUGUGGGACACUGAUUCUUACAAUGAGAUGAACAGCAAUGGUCAGACAGGGGAACAGAAACAAACUGCUUUUGACAGUGACAGCUCAUGCGAUUUUUACCAAUUCCAAGGAGGGACGUGGCUGUCUUUUUGAUCGCUAUACUUCACAUCACAA